GGUUUCUCUUUUGUUCUAUUACCAAUUUACGUCUUGUUUUCUUGAAGUUUCUAACCCGUGAUUGUAUUUGCAGAGAAACAAAAACGAUUUUGCAAGUUAAACGGUUGGGGGAAGACAACCAAAACAGAUUACUCUGUUCUUUUCCCCUGUCUUGGUUCCUCUCAAUGAACUUUACAAAUGGAGAAGAAGGUUGAUUCAUGUUCUCCCACUGGUGUUCUUGAAGAUUUCUUCAAGAGUGAAGAUUUUGAAAGGAGCCAUUCUUGUAAAGAACCAAAUAUAGACUCGGCAAACGAGCGAAACUCGAAGCAAGGUUCUCGAUGGCGAGGGCUGGCGCAAUUAUUUAGAACUAAAUCGAAGAAAUCAUUAGCCAAUUUGCAGUCUUUUGGAUCGUUUAGGCUCUCGUUGAGGAGUAAUAGCAUGCGAGAAAAUGUUGCCGUUGCACCGGAUUUUCUGGCCAACGGCAAUUCAUUUAACGAUAGGUCUCCGAGGAAAGUUUUCACUCUCUCCGAGCUUCAAACUGCCACCAAAAACUUCAGCACUGAGAAUCUUGUCGGAAAGGGUGGUUAUGCUGAAGUUUACAAAGGGAGAUUACCAAAUGGGCAGCUUGUUGCAAUUAAAAGGCUAACAAAAGGCACAACCGAUGAGAUUAUAGGGGAUUUCUUGUCCGAGCUUGGGAUUAUGGCUCAUGUUAACCAUCCCAAUACUGCUAAGCUAAUUGGCUAUGGAAUUGAAGGCGGUAUGCAUCUUGUCCUUGACUUGUCUCCCAAUGGGAGCUUAGCCUCUCUUCUUUACGGUUCGAAGGAAAAACUGACAUGGGAUAUUAGGUUUAAGAUUGCACUAGGGACAGCUGAAGGUUUAAGGUACCUUCAUGAAGGUUGUAAGAGGAGAAUCAUCCAUAGAGAUAUAAAGGCUGCAAAUAUUUUGCUUACAAAGGACUUUGAUCCUCAGAUUUGUGAUUUCGGGCUCGCGAAAUGGCUACCGGAACAAUGGACUCACCGCACAUUUUCCGAGUUCGAAGGCACAUUUGGCUACCUGGCUCCUGAGUAUUUAAUGCACGGCAUAGUCGACGAGAAAACCGAUGUUUUCGCCUUUGGUGUAUUGUUGCUGGAACUCGUCACUGGUCGCAGAGCUUUGGAUUACUCUCGGCAGAGCCUUGUAUUAUGGGCAAAACCUUUGCUGAAGAACAACAACGUUAGAGAGCUGAUCGAUCCUGCUCUUGGAGAAAAUUACAAUGUCCGCCAAGUGAACAUCGUCCUCUUGGCGGCAACGAUGUGCAUACAUCAGUCUUCGAUACGGCGCCCACAAAUGAGUCAGGUUAUACAGCUCCUUAAUGGCAACCCCAACAGCUUAAUGAGCAAGAGAAAACGUCGGGUCCCGUUCUUUACAAAAGCUUUCCAUGAAGAGAUUUAG